CUACGAAGGCGUAUCUACGUGCUUGUCACUCAACGCGACGUAGAUUUAUUGGAAGGUUCUAAGGCAAACACGAUAUCAUACACAAUGCGACGCACCUGAGACCGCUCUUCGACUUCCCGUAAUCUAAGCUGGAUCACGCCCGCUCGGCCCCUCAUUUCAUGAUGGAAGGCGAGGCCAAGCAGGUAGAAACACAGGAAGCACUGGAACGAUUUCGACAAGACUGGCUCUCAGAGGUAGCUAGAAAUAGGCCAUCUACCAAAGAUUCCCGGGAAUCCGGGAGUGACAAAAGGCCUGUUCCGCAUCAGACCCCGUCUUCUGCUGCUAUUCCACAAUCUGUCGCUCGUCGGAAAGACGAUUUUUCGGAAGAUGUUGAGCCCAGAGCAUAUCACGACCUCCCGAAUAAGGAGGAAAGUCUCAUCCUCGGCAAGGAAGGCGAGCAACGCGGCAGAGAGCAAUCAAAGGGGCCAUCGUCCGCCCUCGAGCAUUACGAGCAUGCCGUUGAGAAAGAGACUCAGGGACAGCUCGGGGAUUCGAUUAAGCAUUACCGCCAGGCCUUCAGACUUGACGAUGGGGUGCAGGAAGUGUACAAGAAGAAAUACUUCCCUCCUUCAUCCUUUGCCAAGCCGAAACCUUCCAACCCGAACCCGUCAAAUGCGCCAGCCACGGUACCGAAUCCGGCCCAUCACUCACUACAUGGUCGGAGCAACGAGUUGUCCGCAUCACUCAAGCAGCUGCUGGGGGAGUUUUCCAUCCUACGCAUCGAAGCCGCCCCGCCGUUGACCAAUAUCUCGCCCCAAGAGCCUUGUUAUUUCGCGGAUCUGCCGGAAGAGAUUCUAAGUCAAAUCUUGGCCACGCUGGGCGUGAUCGAUCUUGCUACGCUGGCACGCACGGCUCAAGUCUGUAAAAGACUGGCAUAUGUCGUACUGACCGAAGAGUCCAUCUGGAAGACGGUCGCAGUGGGCGAAGAAUAUGGCUUUGCAGCCAUGCACUAUGAUUUCGCUUGCGAGAUCGAAGGCUCCGCUUUGAAAGCAGAUGACCAGAUAGUACGCUAUCUAGACGCUGGAGACGAGUCCGAGGACACGAACGAAACUUUUGCCCCCGGUGAAGAGGAACAAGUGACCUUCUCGGCCCUCACCGAAAACCUGCUACGCACUACGUACGGGAAUUCCUGGCGCAACAUGUUCCGCACACGGCCUCGGAUACGCUUCAACGGAUGCUACAUCAGUACCGUCAACUAUACGCGAGCGGGAGCCAACUCAACCAACACUCUAUCCUGGGGUGCGCCAGUCCACGUUGUGACGUACUUCCGAUACUUGCGCUUCUUCCGAGACGGCACGGUCAUCAGCCUGCUCACCACCAGCGAGCCCGCAGAUGUCGUGCAUCACUUACUCAAGGAAAACAUCCACAACCACCACACCAAUACUUUGCCAAGCAGCGUCAUGAAGGAUGCCCUGCGCGGGCGCUGGCGGCUUUCUGGCCCUGCUUCAUCCGUUGUUGACCCCGUGACAAAUGAGCCCGAGGUUGAGGGUGAUGUACACGUAGAGACAGAAGGCGUCGUCCCUAAAUACACUUACAAGAUGCUCCUGGCGCUGGCGCAUGCGGGCAAGGGUGCGAGGAACAACAAGCUGGCGUGGAAGAGUUUUUGGAGCUACAAUCGCUUGACAGACGACUGGGGCGAGUUUCGAUUGAGGAACGAUCGCGCCUUCUACUGGAGCCGAGUCAAGAGUUACGGCAUGGGGUAUUGAUCGUGCAGAUGGGGAUGAGCUAGAUGGAUAGACGCGAUCUGAAUGACGCUAGAUGGAUAGACGCAAUCUGAAU